AUCUUAAUAUUUAUGUGUGGCUCCAAAAUUAAAUUAAUAAUUUUACAUAUUGCAGGCCUAUGUGAAUUGACAAAUCUUGAAGUGUUGGAUGUUAGACAAUCACUUCCGAAUUCCCAUCUCCCUUCAACCAUUCUUCAACCAUUCAAAACUCAAGCAUAUUUAUGUUAAAAAUAAUGAAUUUUACAUAGAUACCAACAUUGAAUCUUUGGAACCAACUUUCCAACUAAAUACCUUACUUUUGUCUGGUUGUGGAGAUUGUGGAGCAAUUCCAAACUUCCUCUACUCUCAACACGACCUAGAGUAUUUAUACCUCUUGCACCUUAACCUAACUGGAGAGUUUCCCAUUUGGUUGUUGGAAAACAACACAAGGUUGAAGACACUUUCCCUAGUUAACAAUUCUCUCUCUGGACCUAUUGAGUUGCCAGCUCAUUCUCAUAUGAGUUUGGAAGGUCUAUAUAUCUCCAAAAAUUUCUUGGAUGGCUAUAUUCCAAUUGAGAUCGGAGCAUCUUUGCCAAGUUUACGAGAAUUAAACAUUUCAAAAAAUUCUCUUACUGGUAGCAUUCCUCCUUCAAUUGGUGAUAUGGAGUUGCUGUAUUCUUUGGACUUAUCUCACAAUAACUUAUCUGGUGGAAUACCUAAGAAGUUAACCAUGGGUUGCUCAUCAUUAAUUUCACUUAUUCUAUCAAACAACAAUCUACAAGGCCAGAUUUUUUCUGAGGAAUUUAGCUUAUUCCAGUUGGAGGAAUUACAGUUGAAUGGCAAUCACUUUUCUGGAAGUAUCCCAAAAGGCUUAUCUCAUUGCCCCUCUCUGUUUUCAAUAGAUUUCAGCAAUAACAAUCUCUCUGGUAGAAUCCCAAGCUGGAUGGGAAACAUGUCAUCCUUGCAAGAAAUUAUCAUGUCCAAUAAUGGUCUUGAAGGUUCAAUUCCUAUUGACUUUUGUCGGGUUCAAUUUCUUCUAAUUCUAGACCUUUCAAAUAACAAUAUUUCAGGAAGUCUACCAUCUUGUUUCGGCCCAAGGCAUAUAAUUCAUGUUCAUUUAUCCAAAAACAGGUUAGAAGGAUCACUGACAACACAGUUUUGUAAAAGCUCUUCUCUAGUAACACUAGACCUUAGUGACAACCAGCUAAGUGGUAACAUCCCAGAUUGCAUCAAUAUGCUUGGUGAGUUGAGUUAUCUUAUCUUGAAGAACAAUAAUCUUGAAGGUAAAAUCCCAUUUCAACUAUGCAAGUUGCAGAAAUUGAGCUUGAUUGAUCUAUCUCAAAACCAUCUUUCAGGCCGUAUACCCUCAUGCCUAAGUCUAACUACUGAUGAGCAAUAUAAUGAGGAUUAUAAUCAUAUUGCUUCUGCUCCUGUUGGUGGUACAAUUUUUAUCCUACUUUUCAGGGAUACACUUUCUCUUGGUGAACCAGUGCAUUUCACAACAAAGAAUAUGGCAUAUUCUUACAACGGAAGACUUCUCACCUACAUGUCUGGAAUGGACCUUUCCUGCAACAAAUUGAUUGGUGAAAUUCCUUAUGAAAUAGGGCACCUUAGUAAGAUUCAUGCACUAAACCUGUCUCAUAAUUUCUUGGUUGGUGAAAUCCCAUCUACAUUUUCUAACCUUAAGCAAAUUGAGAGCUUGGAUCUUUCCUACAACAAUUUGAGUGGGAAAAUUCCUCCUGAGCUUGUUGACUUAUAUUUCUUAUCUACCUUUAGCGUAGCAUACAACAACUUAUCAGGUAAGACACCAGCAAGGAUCCGACAAUUUGCAACAUUUGAUGGAAAUUGUUACCAAGGUAAUCCUCUGCUUUGUGGGGAACCAAUGAAAAGUUGCUCAACAACAAGUCCACCACCAAUGAUCCAGGAAGGUCCAACACAGGGUGGAGAAGAUGAUGGUUUCAUCGAUAUGGGUGUCUUCUAUAAACAACAGGUUUUGGAGGUUCGGUGUGCAUUGAGAGUUUGCGGAAUCGAAGUGAAAAUCAGGAUGGCAAAGGGCCGCCACGUCAAACCGCCUUUUUACCACCCAACAGCUCGCUUGAUGAAUAGAAAACGACUCCUGAGUCUCCUCUCUCCCUUGGCUACGUUCAGUCCAGGGGAGAAGAAACGGUGGGGAAAGGAAAACGGAGGAGAAAUGUCGACGGUACUCGAGGUCAGAGAUGAACGUCGAGAACCUCUUCUCCACAAUUCUUCACCUCCCCUUCCGCACGGGGACACUACUAAAAUUCAAGCCUUCAGCAACAAUAUAUCAGCAACAAUAUAUCAGCAACAAUAUAUCAGCAACAAUAUAUCAGCAACAUGGAAUCCUUUGUUGCUGAAAAUUUGUAUCAGCAACAAGACUCAUGUUGCUGAAAGUUGCAUUGUACAUUCUUCCCCUAAAAAGUUGUUUUACUUUCAGCAACAAGGAGUAUGUUGCUGAAAGUGAAUUUCAGCAAUAUACCCCAUAUUGUUGAUAUUUUCCGGCAACCAUUUCUCCAUCUAAUUAAGCUCCACUUUCAGCAAGAUAUUCCUUGUUGGCUUGUUGCUGAAAGUGACUUUUAGCAACAAGAGUUAUCUUGCUGAAACUUUUCCAACCACACCUAAAGUAUUAGCAACAUAUACCAUGUUGUUGUUAUUUUUAUCUUUUUACCAACCAAACAUCAGCAACAUAUCCCUUGUUGCUGAUGUUACCACUUUGACUAAUAAUUGGUCAAGGCCAUU